GACUUGGGAGCCAGGCGGCUGGAGUAUGUUACCCUGGUAACUGUUGGGCUCCCGCAGACCUUCGGGAUAGCGCGGAAUUCAGAGGCGGAGGUAGGUGAGGCUUCCCACUCGGUUGACCCUGGCCGAAACUGUCCUCAGACCCGCUCUCAGGGCUUUAGUUUCCCGGGUCACUCCCUGCGCCUGCCACACUCCGUUUAAGUGCGUCUUUGUCCUUCCGCCACUCUGGAACCCGCGCUUCCUGGAGCCCGGACCCCGCCAAGCCGAGCCCUUUUGAUGGGAUCCGUCUCCGACCAAGAUCUUGGGGGCUAAGACCUUAACUGCACACACCCUGAACUGAUCAGAAAUGCUGAAGAGGCGGGGAGGUGUUACUCUGCAGGUUGGGAAAAAUGUUGUCCGGGCGGAGUCUCCACACACACAGCCCCCCUCCACCGCCUCCGGAAAGUGAAGCUGCGGUUUGAGCAGCCUCAAUGUUUCCAAUGUUAUAAAUACUUUGGGAUGUUUACUUUGGGAAGUGAAAAUUCUUGAUUAUGGCUCACUAUUCCAAAGAAGAGCUGGAUGAAGAGUUUGAACAGUUCAUGAAAGAGCUUUCAGAUGAUUCUUUUGAGAAUUCAAAUAAAACACCUAGACAACCUAAAAGAGAAGUGAAAAAGAAAGAUGCAGUGCCAUGGUGGAUAACUGAAGAUGAUUUUGAAGAUGGUGGACUGCUUGGAACAAAUGUAAGCUAUCUGAAAGCAAAGAGGCCUUCUCAGCCUAUUAUGGAAAUACAAGAGGAGUCUGCUGAAAGGAUUCAGUUUCUUCAGAGCAGUGGAACCUCUAUCUUAAGUAUUGACAGCUUAGAAACAAAUGAGAUAGUAGUUUCUGAACUCAAUCAUAGUGUUCUUGGAUUGGGAUUGGACACAUUAGAAGAACAAGAAGAAAAAGAGCAAUUUUUUGCCAGGCUUGAGGAAGGCUUAACAUCUUCCAUUGAUUAUUCAAGAUUAAAUAAGGAACUGGAUUCUAAUGACUCCACACAAUUUAAAGGUUUACAUAGUUAUCAAGCUAAUGUAGAACUAAGUGAAGAUAAACAUGAGUAUGAAUCGAAACAUGAAGAAUUGGCAGAAAAUUACAGUGAUGAUUUUGAAGGUGAGGAGGAUAUUGAUGCACCUUUGACUACUCAAGAAGAGAUUAAUACCAAAGAAAAUCCCAAAUCUGAAAAACUAUACGUACCCAAACAGGAAGAAGAGAAAAUUGGUAUGCUGGCUAAUGUGGUGCUGCUUGAUUCCUUAGACUCUGUUGCAGAGGUCAACCUUGAUGAACAGGAUAGAGCAACUAAGCUGGAGGCCCUGCCAGAAAUGGCUGAUAAUGAAAUGACAGGAACAGGUGUUUCUUAUGGACAAAGCAAUAGUGACAUUGAAGCUCUCCAUCAGGCUUAUUGUCAUAUAGCCCAUUCUUUGGGAGAUGCAGACGAGCAAAGAACUGAGAGUAAUGCAAUGGAAAAUAUCAAGAGCUCAGUGAAAGAUUAUCCUCAAGAAAAUGAAGAGUCCUCUAAAAACAUCUCUACUACAGAAUCUGAUCUGCCCACGGUAGAGGAGCUGAUGAAACCUAUCAGAAUAGAUUCCUUUGGUGUCAGUGGUUUUGAUUUACAACCUGUCAGCUAUAAGAAACUGGCUGAUAGAAAAGAAACUGAAUUUGUUAGCCCUUUAUCCCUUAAGAUGAACCCAAAUAUUAUAUCUCAAGAGCCACGAAAUGUGAACCAACUUUUUGACAAAAAUGAAGAGAAUGUGGUUUUACAAAAGACAACAAAUAAAGGUAUAGAAAAUGGCUGUCCAGGAGUAAAUACUACGGAAGAACAUAUAGAUAAAAUGUACCUUGAUAUUUUGAGGAAAAAACUAUCUGUUGGUCCUUCAUUAUUGCCUCAGGAUGACAAAAUAAAUAAAACUUUUCAACAACUUAGUUCUGGAGAAGAAGGGGCUAUAACUGGUAAACAGGUCCCAUACAAGAAGGCCAAAAGUGCACCUCCGCUGCUUAAAAGAAAACCCCAGAGUGGAUUAUAUGCAUCAGUUAGGAGCUCAGGCUAUGGCAAAUCCAGUUCACCAUUCAAGACUUUUUCUGCUCUUGAAAAGAAAACUUCAAAGGACGUUAUGAAAAUGAGAUCCAGUCCCACUUCAAAUCAAGCUAGGAAAAAAGAAAUCUUAUCAGGAACAAAAGUCAUCAAGCCUGCAGCUUUGGGUAAAGCAGCUCCCAAAACUGAAAGUUGCCUGGCUACUCCUAAGAAGGCUGAAGAUUCUACAGAAACUGAUUAUUGUGUUCAGUUUCAGAAUGAUUCUUCAGGAUACCAUGGUGAGAACAAGGAGACCGAGUUAAUUAUGUUUAAAAGAGUUCAGGAAGCAGAGGAAAAAUGGAGGGGUGCACAAGCCCUAAUUGAGCAAAUUAAAGUUACAUUCUCAGAAAAAGAGAGAGAGCUGGAAAAUAAGAUGGAAGAACUAAAGAGACAACAGGAAAAGGAACUCUUCAGACUGAACCAAGACAAUUACAUUCUUCAAGCCAAGUUAAGUAGCUUUGAAGAAACAAACAAAAAGCAAAGAUGGUUACAUUUUGGAGAAACAGCUGAUACUGUCACUGAAGAAAAAUUGAAGCAAAUUCAAAAAGAAAUACAGGAACAAGAGACACUUCUUCAAGGAUAUCAACAGGAAAAUGAAAGAUUGUAUAAUCAAGUGAAAGAUCUCCAAGAACAAAACAAGAAAAAUGAGGAGCGAAUGUUCAAGGAAAACCAGAGUUUAUUCAGUGAGUUAGCUUCCUUAAAAGAACAGAUGCACAAAAGUCGUUUCCUGUCUCAAGUAGUUGAAGAUUCAGAGCCCACCAAAACCCAGAAUUUUACAGAUCUGUUAGCAGAACUACGGGUGGCACAGAAAGAAAAAAACAGUUUAUUGGAAGACAUCAAAAGACUGAAGCAAGACAAACAAGCUCUUGAAGUAGACUUGGAAAAAAUGAAGAAAGAGAGAGACCAAGCCAAAGAUGAGAUUGCUUAUGCCACAGGUGAAAAAUUAUAUGAAAUAAAGAUUUUAGAAGAAACACAUAAGCAAGAAAUCAGUCGUCUGCAAAAAAGAUUACAGUGGUAUGCUGAAAAUCAGGAACUUCUGGAUAAAGAUGCAGUUCGGCUUAAAGAAGCAAAUGAAGAAAUUGAGAAGCUCAAACUUGAGGUUGAGAAACUGAAAGCUGAAUCUGGAAAUCCAUCUAUUCCGCAGAAGAUACGUUUAAAAGAGAAAACAGCUGAUGCCAAAAAAAUUCAGGAUCUAGAGCGACAAGUUAAGGAAAUGGAAGGAAUUCUAAAGAGAAGAUACCCCAAUUCUUUACCUGCUUUAAUAUUGGCUGCAUCAGCAGCUGGUGAUACAGUGGAUAGAAAUACAGUGGACUUUAUGGAAAAAAGGAUAAAAAAACUAGAGGCUGAUUUGGAGGGCAGAGAUGAAGAAGCAAAGAAAAGCCUUCGGACCAUGGAACAACAGUUCCAGAAAAUGAAGAUUCGGUAUGAACAGAGACUAGAGGAACAGGAGCAGCUACUUGCCUGCAGAUUAAAGGAGGCACCCCAGAACCAGCCUGACAGUGCCCGCAGGGUUGAAGCACUAGAGAAAGAGCUCGACGACAUCAAGGAAGCCCAUCAGAUCACUGUCAGAAAACUUGAAGCUGAAAUAGACAUUCUUAAACAUCAAAAUGCCGAAUUGGAACUCAAGAAAAAUGAUAAAGAUGAUAAAGAUUUCCAGUCUAUAGAAUUCCAGAUAGAACAAGCUCAUGCUAAAGCUAAGCUGGUGAGACUUAAUGAGGAGCUGGCUGCGAAGGGGAGAGAAAUACAAGACCUUUCAAAAACUGUGGAGAGGCUUCAGAAGGAGAGAAGGAUGAUGCUGUCUAAUCAGAACUCUAAGGGUAGAGAGGAAGUGACUGCAAAAAGGGUGAAGAAAGAUGGCUUGCAUUCAGGUAAAGGAAGUGCUAACUCAUUCCCUGGGACCCUGGAUGGCAAGCUUUACCAACCACAUACUUUUACUGAUUCCCAUGUUUCAGAGGUUUUACAAGAAAACUGCAGAUUGAAAAAUGAACUGGAGAGAUUAAUUGUGGAGAGGAAUGAGCUAAAGAUGAAAUCUGAAGCAGCAAUGAACCAAUUUGAAAAUUCCAUGAAAAGGAAGAAGUUGCUGCGGCUGAGGUCGAAGAGGUUGCUGCCUGUGUUCUCCUCAAGGAUUUUGAUGGAUUCCUGCCUCACAUUUAGGGUCAAGGAAGAUACGGCAGCACACAUUGCAUCUCUCAAAGCAUCUCAUCAGAGGGAAGUAGAGAAACUCCUUUGUCAAAAUGCAGUAGAAAAUUCUUCUUCCAAAGUAGCUGAACUAAAUCGUAAAAUAGCAACACAAGAGGUACUUCUAAAACAUUUCCAAAAUCAAGUUAACGAGCUGCAGGGUAAACAGGAGUCUCUUGUAGUUUCUCAGGUUCGAGAAGAAAUCCUACAGAAGGAGAUUACAAAACUCCUAGAAGAACUAAGAGAAGCCAGAGAAAACCAUACACCAGAGAUGAAACAUUUCAUGGGCUUAGAAAAGAAAAUUAAACAGAUGGAAAUGAGACAUCAGCAAAGAGAGCAGGAACUUCAACAGAUAAUACAGCAAACACACCAAGUAGUAGAAACUGAGCAAAACAAAGAAAUUGAGAAAUGGAAAAGACUCGCUCAGUUGAAGAAUCGUGAGUUGGACAAGUUCCGCACAGAAUUAGACUCCAUAUUAGAUGUUCUUCGAGAGCUGCACCGGCAGGGGGUGGUUGUGCCGGUUGCUUUUGCAGAUGACGUGAAUGCGCCAGAGUAUUACUAGAAACUGGGAUUUCCCAGGACCUCACGGAAAGCCCUGAAGAUGGAGGGUGUAUGGGACUAUGCCACUGUCAGAAGAAGGCUUUUGAAAACAAGUGUUCCAGUGUGUGGCCGGGAAGCAAAUAAUACGAAAGCAACAUUUCAAAAUAAAUUGCCCUAACCCAGUAAGGAAAAAUAUUAUGCUGUAUUUUACUGAAAAUCAUUAAGCAGUCACAUGUUAAGUAAUUUAUGGACAAGUCCCUUUGUGUCUGGUGAUUAGAACGAGUGAGAUUAGUUGGAACAGGUCUUAACUUCUAGUCUAGAUGCGGAAAGAAAAAAAUUGCUCAUACUCUGCCAUUUUUGACUAAGUGUGUAUUCUGAAUCCUUGGUGCCAGAAAAACAGCUCCUCUUUCUCAUGGAAACAUGGAGAAGAACGUGAGCACAGUGGUUUGGACAGAUGCAGCGAGUCACCAGAGUAGUAGAGCUUCCACAAUAAUUGACAAGAAUGAUAACUUUGUACAGCAGACAGUGAACGCUCUGCGUUCUCCCAGAUUUCCACUUCUACCUCUGGCUGCCUCAUGUUUGCACCUGACAGAAGUUCACAUGUAACAGGGGAAUUCGAUUUCUUCAUUGUUUUAAUCUUUUAUGCUCCAGGUCUUAAAUACUAGUCCUUUUUUGAAAGUCUUAGAUUAUAAACAGAAUAUAACAUCUUUAUUUAAAAAGUAAUGUAUGUUCAUUAGAAAAAAUUAAAAGCAUGCAUAAAAGUAGCCAGAUUGUUCUUUUUUACAAUGCCCAUUUCCAAAAGCAGAUCGUAUAUAAAAUACUGGUAAAUUCAAGCUGUAGCCACCUUGUUUUCAAGUGUUCCGGCCCUGUGCUGUCCUAUAGGAGUAGAGUAUGAGGCACAUGUUAUUUUCAGUUUCCUAUUAUAGCCUCAUUUAAAAAGAAGGAAAUGAAAUUAAUUUGUUAAUUUAUAUUAUGUAAUAUAUCUAAAAUAGCAGUAUAAAACGAGUUUUUACAUUUUUUUCCAUACUUAGUCUCCAAAGUCUGGUGUGUUUUACAUUUACAGCACAACUCAGUUUGGACUAGCCACAUUCCAAGUGCUCAAUGACCAUAUGCCACUAAGUGCAAUUCUGAAAUAAUAAUAAAGAGUGAAAUACUUUGUAAAAGACAGGUGAAAUAGAUUUUGGUGAAAUUAUGGGUAGCAAAUGUAAAAUGUGGAAAUUAAGUAAUUCAAUUAAUGUCUUAAUGUUCAACAUUUUUUAUGUCCUUUAAGAGGGUAGAACAAGCAUUAAAGGUAGCUAUUUUUUAUGUGAAAGAAUUUUAUUUUAAGUUAUAACAUAAACUAUUUUGGUUAUUAA